CCCAGACCCAAAAAAAAGUGUGAGAGGAAAAAAAACCAGAGCAGAGAAGAGAAGAGAAGAGAAGAGAAGAGAGCAUUUGAGCAAAAACCCAUCGUUCCCCAACCCACCCCAAAAGCAAAAGCUCGGUUCUUUGUCUCUCAAAAGAGAGAUAAUCCAGAGAAGGAAGAUAGGGUUUUCACUGUGUUGUAUGAGCAAGCAACGCCUCGGGGAGAUGAUGCAGACCAUCGAGCAGGCUCCUCCCCCGCCUGCUCAGUCUGCUCCGUCGCAGCAUCAGCUGGCGCUUCAGCAGCAGCAACUGGGCUCUGGGUCUCUGAGCUUCAACAGUAACCUGUCUAAAGAGGAUGAGGAGAUGUCCAGGUCGGCUCUCUCCACUUUCAGGGCCAAGGAGGAAGAGAUCGAGAGGAAGAAGUUGGAGGUGAGAGAGAAGGUUCAGGCUCAGUUGGGUCGUGUUGAAGAAGAGACCAAGCGCUUGGCUACCAUUCGUGAGGAGCUUGAAGGGCUUUCAGAUCCAAUGAGGAAGGAAGUUUCACAGGUCCGUAAGAAGAUCGAUACAGUUAACAAGGAGUUAAAGCCACUGGGACAAAGCUGCCAGAAGAAGGAAAGAGAAUACAAGGAAGCACUGGAGGCUUUCAACGAGAAGAACCAGGAAAAAAUGCAGCUCAUUACAAAGCUAAUGGAGUCUAUGCAGCUCGUGGGCGAGAGUGAGAAGAUGAGGAUGAAGAAGCUGGAGGAGCUGAGCAAGAACAUUGAUUCAAUGCAGUGAAUAUAGCCAUUGAUGAUAGUUCUGAUUAGGUGUGUGUGAUGUAUUUAUGAUGACUACUGUGUUAUGAUGACUACUGUGUUAAUGUUUACAUAUAGGAAUUUUUUUACAAAUAGUACAUGAAG